UGCACGGCCUCGCGUGUGGAGGCUUUCGGUAUCCCAGCACGACCCGGCUCCCCCCGCUGCUUCAGCCACCAUGCCGCGCUCUUUCCUCGUCAGGAAGUCCGCCUGCUCCCGCCGGAGACCCAAUUACAGUGAGCUCCACGACUCUUCUCCAGAGUUCACUUUUCAACAGCCCUACGACCAGGCCCACCUGCUGGCAGCCAUCCCGCCACCCGAGGUCCUCAAUCCCACGGCCUCACUGCCUACGCUCAUCUGGGACUCUCUCCUGGCACCCCAAGCCCAGCCGAUUGGCUGGGCCUCUCUUCUGCCCCAGGAGAUCCCCAAGGCCGUCGAGCUGACCUCCCUGUCUGACGAGGACAGCGGGAAAGGCUCCCAGCCCCCCAGCCCACCCUCACCGGCUCCUUCGUCCUUCUCUUCCACCUCAGCCUCCUCCCUGGAGGCCGAGGGUUAUGCUGCCUUCCCAGGCUUGGGCCAGUUGCCCAAGCAGCUGGCUGGGCUCUCCGUGGCCAAGGACCCCCAGUCUCGCAAGGCCUUCAACUGCAAAUACUGCAACAAGGAGUACAUCAGCCUGGGUGCCCUUAAGAUGCACAUCAGAAGCCACACGCUGCCUUGCGUCUGUAGCACCUGCGGGAAGGCCUUCUCCAGGCCCUGGCUGCUGCAGGGCCACGUCCGGACCCACACUGGCGAAAAGCCCUUCUCCUGCCCCCACUGCAGCCGCGCCUUCGCUGACCGCUCCAACCUGCGGGCCCAUCUCCAGACCCACUCGGAUGUCAAAAAGUACCAGUGCAAGACAUGCUCCAGAACCUUCUCCCGAAUGUCCCUGCUCCACAAGCACCAAGAGUCAGGCUGCUCAGGGGGGCCCCGCUGACUCUAAAGGCUCCUUGCACCUCUCCGGGCCCUACCCCAACUCCAGAAGGAAGGACCCGGCAUCCUUCUCGCUGCCACAGAGUUCCCUCCUGAGCUCCGCCUUCUGGCUGCGUUGGCCCCCCAGGACUCUGAGGAUCAUUUCCCAGUCCUCUGCUCUGAGCGCCUCACCGGGCUCUGAGGGGCGCCUUUCUUUGGACAGCUGAUGGGAGGGUGGCUUGCAGCAGAGACCCCUUCCUGGCAGCCGCUGCUCCAGAGUGUUCUGGAGUUGGCCUUUCUGCGUGGGUUUGUGUAUCCAGAGCUGUUUGGAUACAGCUGCUUUGAGCUCCAGGACAAAAGCCAGCAGACUGAUGAGAAGCUCCCACCCCACUCAGGGGACCCCAGCCUCCCCUACAGGAACCCUCAGGCCACCCCCUCCAGAAGGUGCAACUAACUAUGCAAACAUCCACCCCCAGGUGCACUCGCGGGGGUGGUCCCUGACACAAGGACAGCGUCUAGACCCCAGGAUGCCCAGGGCCUGGGCAGCUAUUUCAGCCUCCUGUUUGUCAUGGUGGCACCUGUUUCAUGGGCAAUUUAACAACGUCUCCAAAGGGACUGUGAAUAAUUGCCUUCACUUGUCCGGGGCCCAAAUGGGGUGCUUCGGCUCCACUGAUGUGUCUCCCGGAACUAUUUUCGGGGGCCCGACAGGUGGGCCCGGGAGGAAGAUGUUUACAUUUUUAAAGGUACACUGGUAUUUAUAUUGCAAGCGACAUUUUGUACUAAGGAAACGUUUUGUAUAGUUAUAUGUACGGUUUAUUGAUAUUCAAUAAAGUGGUUAAUUUAUA